GCGGGUCAGGGCGGAGCUGAGGAGACGGCGGAGGCGGAAGCUGCGGCCCGUGGGUCGGAAAGGGGGCUGGCUCUGGAAGGAGGAGGAAACCCUGAAAAAACGGCAACAAGCUGAGCUGUUGUGACAGAGGGAAACAAAAUGGCGGCGCCGAAGGGGAGCCUCUGGGUCAGGGCCCAACUGGGGCUCCCGCCGCUGCUGCUGCUGACCAUGGCCCUGGCCAGAGGCUCGGGAACCGCAUCGGCCGAAGCGUUUGACUCGGUCUUGGGAGAUACGGCGUCCUGCCACCGGGCCUGUCAGUUGACCUACCCCUUGCACACCUACCCCAAGGAAGAGGAAUUGUACGCAUGUCAGAGAGGUUGCAGACUGUUUUCAAUUUGUCAGUUUGUGGAUGAUGGAACUGACUUAAAUCGGACCAAAUCGGAAUGUGAAUCUGCGUGUACAGAAGCUUAUUCCCAAUCUGAUGAGCAAUAUGCUUGCCACCUUGGUUGCCAGAAUCAGCUGCCGUUUGCUGAACUGAGACAAGAACAACUCAUGUCCCUGAUGCCAAAAAUGCAUCUCCUCUUCCCUCUAACUCUGGUAAGGUCAUUCUGGAGUGACAUGAUGGACUCUGCACAGAGCUUUAUAACCUCUUCAUGGACUUUUUAUCUUCAAGCUGAUGAUGGAAAAAUAGUUAUAUUCCAGUCUAAGCCAGAAAUCCAGUAUGCUCCACAGUUGGAGCAGGAGCCUACAAAUUUGAAAGACUCGUCACUAAGCAAAAUGUCCUCAGAUCUGCAAAUGAGAAGUUCACAAGCACACAGGGACUAUCUUGAAGAUGGAGAAAGUGAUGGCUUUUUAAGAUGCCUCUCUCUUAACUCUGGGUGGAUUUUGACCAUGACCCUUGUCCUCUCGGUGAUGGUACUGCUCUGGAUUUGUUGUGCAACUGUCGCUACAGCUGUGGAGCAGUAUGUUCCCUCUGAGAAGCUGAGUAUCUAUGGUGACUUGGAAUUUAUGAAUGAACAAAAGCUAAACAGAUAUCCAGCUGCUUCUCUUGUGGUUGUCAGAUCUAAAGCUGAAGAUCAUGAAGAAGCAGGGCCUCUACCUACAAAAGUCAAUCUUGCUCAUUCAGAAAUUUAAGCUUUCUUUUUUUUUUUAAAGAAAAGCGUAAUAGACAUCUAAAUUUCCAUUCCUCAUAGUGCUUUUUAAAAUGGUUUCAUUGGAUAUAGGGCUUAAAAAUCACUAUAAAGUGCAAAUAAAGUUACCCAAAUCUGUGAAGACUGUAUUUGCUGUAACUUUAUCUGUAAUUUUUUUCUAGUAAUUUAAGAGAUGGAUAUUUGGGAUUGUAUUUUUAUUUUACUAAUAUCUGUAACUACUUUAAUUAUUGUUUGCAUUGUUUUUGUUUGUUUGCUUUCUUAGCCAAAUUCUGUGAGCUGAUCCUUGCUUUUCCCCACCUCCUACCGUGAUGCCGUCAGUCACCUUAGUUAGCAAGCUGAGUACUCAGUAGGAUUUGAUGCUUCUGCUCAGAAAUGGCCCACAACCUGUAAUUUGAAAUUUAGCAAGAAAUGCCCUUUAAUGACACUACAUUUUCAGUUGUAUUGAACUGAAAUCAUUAAAAUUUUAUUUGAAUAA